CCGUCCCUCUCCGAUUUCUCUUGCGUCUUCCGGUUACGUUGAGUUAGUACGUUCGUGUGCUUGUUCUCUUUUGAGCUAAGGCCUUUUGGCGACUUGCACUUUUUUAUUUUAAAAUGUCUACUAAGGCUGAAUUAGCUUGCGUAUACAGCGCCCUGGUGCUCAUUGACGACGAUGUGGCCGUUACGGGAGAAAAGAUCCAGACGAUCCUGAAGGCAGCAGGAGUAGAUGUAGAGCCAUACUGGCCAGGGCUGUUCGCCAAAGCACUUGAGGGUGUCAACCCUAAGGAGCUCAUCACCAAUGUUGGAUCAGGUGUUGGUGCUGCCCCUGUUGGAGGAGCUGCCGUAGCUGCUGCCUCUGACUCUGCUGCUGCCCCAGCUGCCGAGAAGAAGGAAGAGAAGAAGAAGGAAGAAAGUGACCAUGAGUCCGAUGAUGACAUGGGUUUUGGUCUUUUCGACUAAGCUGAUGCCACUCAUUCCAAGUACAAUUGCUUUAAAAGUACUUUUUUGUACUCAAAAGUAAAGUUUUAAUUUUGUA